UUUCACGUCCUGACGACACGAGGACAUUCGUGUCUCAGUUGCUGGAUUUAAAGGCUUUUUGUGGAUUUGAGCUUCAGAUUCUUUUCUUCUUCUUCUUCUUCCUCAGGUCUGAAUCAGUCCGAGUCUCUGUGACUCAGUCCGUCUGGACUUUGUUUAUGGUUGUGUUUUUAAGAAUCAGUUUGGAUUCUGGUUCUGACACAGAGAAGGUUUGUGUUGGGCUGCUGUCGACAUGAUGUCAGGUGACGAGCAGGUGAACCUGAGACGACUCUGAGGAGGAUUCCUUCAGUUCUGGACUGAGACCACGACCUGGAUCUGCUGCACCACGUUUGUUCAUCAGGUGUCGGACUCUGGUGGUCUGAUCUGGUCUGGAUUUGGUCUGGAUCUGUGUGUAUUAGCUGUGAAUAUUAAUGAUGGAGGUGGAGUGGGCGUCGGCCGACCCAGCUCACCUGCAGGUCAACUACAACCAGCUGGAGGGUCGAUUCAAACAGCUGCAAGAUGAGCGGGAGGCGGUGCAGAAGAAGACCUUCACUAAGUGGGUGAACUCUCACCUGUCCAGAGUGUCCUGCAGGAUCACAGACCUCUACAUGGACCUGAGGGACGGACGCAUGUUGAUCAAACUGCUGGAGGUUCUGUCAGGAGAGAGACUGCCGAAGCCCACCAAAGGCCGGAUGCGAAUCCACUGUCUGGAGAACGUGGACAAAGCUCUGCAGUUCCUGAAGGAGCAGCGGGUUCACCUGGAGAACAUGGGGUCUCACGACAUCGUGGACGGAAACCACCGACUGACGCUGGGCCUCAUCUGGACCAUCAUCCUCCGCUUCCAGAUCCAGGACAUCAGUGUGGAGACUGAAGACAACAAAGAGAAGAGAUCAGCUAAAGACGCUCUGCUGCUGUGGUGUCAGAUGAAGACGGCCGGGUAUCCCAACGUCAACAUCCACAACUUCACCACCAGCUGGAGAGACGGGAUGGCCUUCAACGCCCUCAUCCACAAACACAGGCCUGAUCUGAUCGACUUCGACAAGCUGAAGAAAUCCAACGCUCACUACAACCUGCAGAACGCCUUCAACCUGGCCGAGCAGCACCUGGGCCUCACCAAGCUGCUGGACCCAGAGGAUAUCAGCGUGGACCAUCCUGAUGAGAAGUCUGUCAUCACCUACGUCGUCACCUACUACCACUACUUCUCCAAGAUGAAGGCUCUGAAGGUGGAGGGCAAACGCAUCGGGAAGGUGCUGGACAACGCCAUCGAGACAGAGAAGAUGAUAGAGAAGUAUGAGUCUCUGGCCUCAGACCUGCUGGAGUGGAUCGAACAGACCAUCAUCAUCCUCAACAACAGGAAGUUCGCCAACUCUCUGGUGGGAGUCCAGCAGCAGCUGCAGGCCUUCAACACGUACCGCACCGUGGAGAAACCACCAAAGUUCACAGAGAAAGGGAACCUGGAGGUUCUUCUCUUCACCAUCCAGAGUAAGAUGAGAGCCAAUAAUCAGAAGGUCUACAUGCCCCGAGAGGGAAAACUCAUCUCAGACAUCAACAAGGCCUGGGAGCGGCUGGAGAAGGCAGAGCAUGAGAGGGAGCUGGCUCUGAGGACAGAGCUGAUUCGUCAGGAGAAACUGGAACAGCUGGCCCGGCGCUUCGACCGCAAGGCUGCCAUGAGAGAGACCUGGCUCAGCGAGAACCAGAGGCUGGUGUCACAGGACAACUUUGGCUUUGACCUCCAGGCCGUUGAGGCGGCGACCAAGAAGCACGAGGCCAUUGAGACAGACAUUGCAGCGUACGAGGAGCGCGUCCAGGCCGUAGUCGCUGUGGCGAAGGAGCUAGAGGUGGAGCACUACCAUGACAUCAAACGCAUCACGGCCAGGAAGGACAAUGUGAUCCGGCUGUGGGAGUACCUGCUAGAGCUGCUGAAGGCACGCAGACUGAGGCUGGAGAUGAACCUGGGCCUGCAGAGAGUCUUUCAGGAGAUGCUCUACAUCAUGGACUGGAUGGACGAGAUGAAGAUGCUGCUGCUGUCUCAGGAUUACGGGAAGCACCUGCUGGGUGUGGAGGACCUGCUGCAGAAACACGCCCUGGUGGAGGCCGACAUUGCCAUUCAGGCUGACCGGGUGAAGGCGGUCACCACCAACGCCAACAAGUACUCUGUCAACGACAGUGGUUACAAACCCUGCGACCCUCAGGUGAUCCAGGACCGAGUGGCCCACCUGGAGUUCUGCUACCAGGAGCUGACCCAGCUGGCUGCCGAGCGUCGCGCCCGUCUAGAAGAAUCUCGCCGUCUCUGGAAGUUCUUCUGGGAGAUGGCGGAGGAGGAGGGCUGGAUCCGGGAGAAGGAGCAGAUCCUGUCCUCCCUGGAGCACGGCAAGGACCUGACGGGGGCGCUGCGCCUCCUCAGCCAGCAGCGUGCCCUGGAGGACGAGAUGAGCGGGCGCGCCGGACACCUCCAGCACACCAUUGAUGAGGGCCAGGCUAUGGUUCAGGCCGGUCACUUUGCCGCCGCUAAAAUCCAGGAGCGUAUCGAGGACCUGCAGGCUCAGUGGGCAGCGCUGGAGCAGCUGGCUGCCGUGAGGAAGAGGAGGCUGGAGGAAGCCCUGGCCCUGCACCAGUUCCAGGCCGACGCCGAUGAUGUUGAUGCCUGGACGUUGGACGCCCUGCGCAUCGUCUCCAGUGGCGAGACGGGCCAUGACGAAUUCUCCACCCAGGCGCUGGUCAGGAAACACAAGGAUGCAGCGGCAGAGGUGGCCAGCUACCGGCCGGUCAUUGACUCCCUCCACGAGCAGGCCGCCUCUCUGCCCAAAGAGGAGGUGGAGUCAGAGGAGGUGCGCGGUCGGCUGGCCGGCAUUGAGGAGCGCUACAAGGAGGUGUCCGAGCUAACGAAGCUGAGGAAGCAGGCGCUGCAGGACGCUCUGGCACUCUACAAGAUGUUCAGUGAGGCGGACGCUUGCGAGGUGUGGAUCGACGAGAAGGAGCUGUGGCUGAACAGCAUGGAGAUCCCCGAGAAACUGGAGGACCUGGAGGUCAUCCAGCACAGGUUUGAGAGUCUGGAGCCGGAGAUGAACAACCAGGCGUCUCGUGUCGCGGUGGUGAACCAGAUCGCCCGGCAGCUGAUCCACAAUGGACACCCAAGCGAGAAAGACAUCAAGACCCAGCAGGACAAACUCAACAACAGGUGGAGCCAGUUCCGGGACCUGGUGGACCAGAAGAAGGAGUCCCUGAACUCGGCUCUGGGUGUGCAGAACUACCAUCUAGACUGCAACGAGACCAAGUCCUGGAUCAAAGAGAAGACCAAAGUCAUCGAGUCCACCCAGGAGCUGGGCAACGACCUCACCGGCGUCAUGGCCCUGCAGCGUAAACUGACUGGGAUGGAGCGCGACCUGGCCGCCAUCGAGGACAAGUUGGGUGACCUGCGGAGCGAGGCCCAGCGGCUGGCGGAGGAGCACCCCGACCAGGCAAAGGCCAUCACGGGCCGUCUGGCUGAGAUCACAGCCGUCUGGGAGGAAAUGAAGAACACUCUGAAGAACCGUGAGGAGUCUCUGGGCGAGGCCAGGAAGCUGCAGCAGUUCCUGCGUGAGUUGGAUGACUUCCAGUCCUGGCUGUCCCGCACCCAAACUGCCAUCGCCUCUGAGGACAUGCCCAACACGCUGGCCGAGGCUGAGAAGCUGAUGGCUCAGCACGAAGGCAUCAAGAACGAGAUCCAGAACUACGAGGAGGACUACCAGAAGAUGCGGGACAUGGGGGAGAUGGUGACGCAGGGUCAGAUGGACGCUCAGUACAUGUUCCUGCGACAGCGGCUGCAGGCGCUCGACACCGGCUGGAACGAGCUGCACAAGAUGUGGGAGAACCGGCAGAACCUGCUGUCCCAGUCCCACGCCUACCAGCUGUUCCUCCGGGACACCAAGCAGGCUGAGGCCUUCCUCAACAACCAGGAGUACGUCCUGGCUCACACCGAGAUGCCCACAACUCUGGAGGCUGCCGAGGCCGCUAUUAAAAAACAGGAGGACUUCAUGACUACAAUGGACGCCAACGAGGACAAGAUCAACAGCGUGGUGGAGGCUGGCAGGCGGCUUGCCAGCGACGGGAACAUCAACGCCGAACGUAUCCAGGAGAGAGUGUCCUCCAUCGACGACAGACAUAAGAAGAACAGGGAGGCUGCGGUGGAGCUGCUGAUGAGACUGAAGGACAACAGAGACCUGCAGAAGUUCCUGCAGGACUGUCAGGAGCUGUCUCUGUGGAUCAACGAGAAGAUGCUCACAGCUCAGGACAUGACCUACGACGAGGCCAGGAACCUGCACAGCAAGUGGCUGAAGCACCAGGCCUUCAUGGCCGAGCUGCAGUCCAACAAAGAGUGGCUGGACAAGAUCCAGAAGGACGGCAUGCUGCUGGUGUCAGAGAAGCCGGAGACGGAGGCAGUGGUGAAGGAGAAGCUGUCGGCGCUCCACGCCAUGUGGGAGGAGCUAGAGUCCACGACGCAGACCAAGGCUCAGUGUCUGUUCGAUGCCAACAAGGCGGAGCUCUUCACUCAGAGCUGCGCCGACCUCGACAAGUGGCUCGUCGGCCUCGAGGGUCAGAUCCAGUCGGACGACUACGGCAAAGACCUGACCUCCGUCAACAUCCUGCUCAAGAAGCAACAGAUGCUGGAGAACCAGGUGGAGGUGCGUCAGAGGGAGGUGGUGGAGCUGCAGAGCCAGGUGAAGGCUCUGGGUCAGGAGGUGAAGGACACGGACGAGGUGGACGGGCGGAGACAGCUGGUGGAGAGGAAGUUCCAGGAGCUGCUGGACCCGCUUCGACGCCGCAGGAACUUCCUGGUGGCGUCAAGAGAAGUUCACCAGUUCAACCGAGACGUGGAGGACGAGAUCCUGUGGGUCCAGGAGAGGAUGCCUGUGGCCACGUCCACUGACCACGGACACAACCUGCAGACGGUCCAGCUGCUCAUCAAGAAGAACCAGACUCUGCAGAAGGAGAUCCAGGGCCAUCAGCCUCGUAUCGACGACAUCCUGGAGCGCAGUCAGAGCCUCCUACAGGAUGAGUCCUCCAACGCCGACGUGAUCCGUCAGCGUCUGGCCGACCUGCAGGAGCUGUGGCGGCAGCUGAUGGAGGAGGGGGAGCGCCGCCACGCCCGGCUGGAGGAGGCCCACAAAGCCCAGCAGUACUACUUCGACGCCGCGGAGGCCGAGGCCUGGAUGAGCGAGCAGGAGCUGUACAUGAUGUCAGAGGAGAAGGCCAAGGACGAGCAGAGCGCCGUCACCAUGCAGAAGAAGCACCAGAUCGUGGAGCAGGCGGUGGAAGACUACGCCGAGGCCGUCCACCAGCUGUCCAAGACCAGCAGAGGCCUGGUGGCUGACGGACACCCUGAGAGUGAGCGUAUCAGCAUGCGUCAGUCUCAGGUGGAUAAGUUGUAUGCUGGCCUGAAGGACCUAUCAGAAGAGAGGCGGGGGAAACUGGACGAGAGGCUCCGCCUCUUCCAGCUGAACCGAGAGGUCGAUGACCUCGAGCAGUGGAUCGCUGAGCGUGAGGUGGUGGCCGGUUCACACGAGCUGGGACAGGACUACGAACAUGUGACUAUGUUGCAGGAGCGUUUCCGGGAGUUUGCCCGGGAUACAGGAAACAUCGGUCAGGAGCGUGUGGACUCCGUUAACCGUCUGGCAGACGAGCUGAUCAACACGGGGCACGGCGACGCGGCGACAGUGGCGGAGUGGAAGGACGGGCUGAACGAGGCCUGGGCCGACCUGCUGGAGCUCAUCGACACCAGGACACAGAUCCUCGCUGCCUCCUUCGAGCUGCACAAGUUCUACCACGACGCCAAGGAGAUCCUGGGACGCAUCGUGGACAAACAGAAGAAGCUGCCGGAGGAGGUCGGCCGAGACCAGAACACGGUGGAGACGCUGCAGAGGAUGCACACCACCUUCGAACACGACAUCCAGGCCCUGGGAACACAGGUGAGGCAGCUGCAGGAAGACGCUGUGCGCCUCCAGUCGGCGUACGCCGGCGAUAAAGCCGACGACAUCCAGCGGAGGGAGAGCGAGGUGUUGGAGGCGUGGAGGAGUCUGUUGGAGGCCUGCGACGGACGCCGGCUCCGCCUCCUCGACACCGGGGACAAGUUCAGGUUCUUCAGCAUGGUCCGAGACCUGAUGCUGUGGAUGGACGACGUGAUCCGGCUCAUCGAGGCUCAGGAGAAACCCAGAGACGUGUCAUCGGUGGAGCUGCUGAUGAACAACCACCAGGGCAUCAAGGCCGAGAUCGACGCCCGCAACGACAGCUUCACCGCCUGCAUCGAGCUGGGGAAGGCCCUGCUGGCCCGGAAGCACUACGCAUCGGAGGAGAUCAAAGAGAAGCUGCUGCAGCUGACGGACAAGAGGAAAGAGAUGAUUGACAAGUGGGAGGAUCGAUGGGAGUGGCUACGACUCAUCCUGGAGGUGCACCAGUUCUCCCGGGACGCGGGCGUGGCGGAGGCAUGGCUGCUGGGUCAGGAGCCGUACCUGUCCAGCAGGGAGAUGGGUCAGAGCGUGGACGAGGUGGAGAAGCUCAUCAAGCGCCACGAGGCCUUCGAGAAGUCCGCCGCCACCUGGGAGGAGCGCUUCUCCGCCCUGGAGCGGCUGACUACGUUGGAGCUGUUGGAGGUGAGGAGGCAGCAGGAGGAGGAGGAGAGGAUGAGGAAGCCUCCGUCUCCAGAGCCGGCUGUGAUCCAGCAGGAGGAGUGUCAACAGGAGAGCAGUGGAGCCAUCACUCAGAACGGACUGCCCUCAGACCAGGACUCUCCCCGGGACGGCGUGGACGGUGGCGACCUGGUGAACGGCGUGGCAGAGCGCAGCUCCAAGGAGCCGAGCCCCACCCCCUCCCCCACCUCUGGCAGGAAGAGUAAGACCAGCCAGUCGUCCACGCUGCCGUCCAAGAACCAGGACUCGUCCUCGCUGCUGGAGGGACUGCUGCACCGCAAACACGAGUGGGAGGGGCACAACAAGAAGGCCUCCAACAGGUCGUGGCACAACGUGUACUGUGUCAUCAACAACCAGGAAAUGGGUUUCUACAAGGACAGCAAGGCGGCGAGUCAGGGCGUCCCCUACCACAACGAGUUACCCAUCAGCCUGCGGGACGCCACCUGUGACGUGGCGUCAGACUACAAGAAGAAGAAACACGUCUUCAAGCUCAGAGUGACUGAUGGAAACGAGUAUCUGUUCCAAGCCAAAGAUGAGGAGGAGAUGAGCACCUGGAUCCAGGCCAUCCUGAACGCCAGCGCCGCCGACCACUCCGACGUGCAGGGCAGUAACCCCGGCACGCCGGCGUCUGGGCGUGCUCAGACGCUGCCGGCCGCCGUCACACUGACCACAGAGUCGAGUCCCGGGAAGAGAGAGAAGGACAAAGAGAAGGACAAAGAGAAACGCUUCAGUCUGUUCAGCAAGAAGAAGCAGUAGAAAACCAGAGAGCAGCACUUUGGUGAAACUGAUCUGGACUCGCUCUGAACCAGGACUCGCUCUGAACCAGAACUCGCUCUGACCCAGAACUCGCUCUGAACCAGAACUCGCUCUGAACCAGGACUCGCUCUGACCCAGAACUCGCUCUGAACCAGAACUCGCUCUGACCCAGAACUCGCUCUGAACCAGGACUUGCUCUGACCCAGAACUCGCUCUGAACCAGGACUCGCUCUGACCCAGGACUCGCUCUGACCCAGAACUCGCUCUGAACCAGAACAUGUCACUUCCUCUUUAAACUGGAACCUGCUUCAGAGCGCGCUCCGGGCUUCAGCUGUGGAUUUACCACAUAAUAAUGAAUUCAUAAUCAGAGAUCCCUUCACACAAAAACUAAUGAAACCCUGUGGUGACGUCACCUGUGAUGUCAUCACCGAACAGCCAAUGAGAAAGCUACAGUGAGGAGCAGAGACCUGUCAGUUUCACCAAAGUGUCGUGUUGUUUUCUCAGUUUGUUCUCGUUGUUUUUUUCUUCUUUUAACAUUUGUUUUCCUUUGUGUGGUCGUCAUGGCGACGUGGCGCGGUGUUGUCGCGGCGUGGUUCGUCUGAAAGCAGCAGCGUUUCAGACGUCGUGAUGUCACAGCCUCUGUUGUCAUCUGAACAGAGAACGCUUCUCCGACUGAGACUCCGCCUCUCACUCUGUUGAUGACCAAUCAGGACGUUCGCUCUCGCUCUGACUCGACGAGCCGCUGUCGCAUUACAGCGUCUGAACGCUCCUCCUCUGUGACAUCAUCAGGGACCACACUUAUUUCUUUGUUUUUUGUUGAAAGUGUUUUAUUUUGAAAGUUGUGUUAUACUUGGUUAUUUUUCUACUCUGAGUUACUUCCUGUUUUGUCUGAAGAGACGACCGACAUUCUUCCUCUGCCAUUGAGAAAUUGGACCAACAGUGCAUUUUAUUUUUAUUAGUUGGACUUUUUUGUCUUCUGCUGCUCCGCAGCCAUUUCCUGUUUGUCUUAAAAACAGCCAAUCCCCUUUGAGGAGGUGUCUGACGUAGAAAAGUCACGUGCAUGCUUCACAGGCUCAGAGAAACUCACCUGAACUAAACCUUUUCUUUCUUUUCUUUGGUUCUCUCUGUUCCUGGUCCUCCCGCAGACACUGAGGAUCACUUCCUGUACAUGUAUGAUAAACACAGCGUCCAUGUUUGAUGGUGAACGUGCGUCGUGCCGCAGACUGAAGGGGAAGUGAACGCCGCUUGCUUGUCGUCGGCUCUUUGCACCGCGCUGCGUUCAGGGUUCUGCUCUUUGAUACUCGUGUUGCUCUGUCACUGUAUAUCUAUUGUAUGAACAUGUAUGGAAGUUAACGCCAUCUUACUGCACAAUCAGAACUACAUCUAUAGGAAUGAAGAAGAAGAAGCUGUUUCAGGCUGAAUAUUUAAACUGAAGUUAGACCAUAAAGCUUUUCUCAUGUAUGAAACUGCACCUGUAGACUUUAAAGCUCUCUCUCUCUCUCUCUCUCUCUCUGUCAAAUAUGUGCGAUGUCAUUAAAGCUUUUAAACUUUA